AUUUGUUCCACCGUCACAAAAACAUCCUUCGGUUCUUUUUUUUUUUUUUUUUUGCUUCUCUUCUCGAUACAACAACCCCUUUACUCGGUUCCUUCAAUUUCUCAGAUCUCUUAACGGCACGAGUAAAGGUCGACUACCAUCUGCAACGCAUUUCCCUCCAAGUCUCCCCCUCCCCCGCCUUUCGGAAAUCAUGUCCACCCCAUCGGCAUUGCCCAUCAAUGCGGGCGAUCCCCAACAGAACGACUCUGUGCCCGCUACCACCACAACAGAAAAUGCUAAGACGGCGACGACCACCGCAGCGGCUGUCUCAGAGACACCAGCGCAAACUGCAGACAAGCUACAAGCGCAACCUCAGCAACCGAAACAAGCAAUUGACGAUGACGAUGACGACGACGAAUCGGACCUGGAUGAAUUGGACGAUGUCCUCGACGACUUCAACAAGCCGAAACCCGCCCCCGCCCCCGCCCCUGCCCCCAGCGCUCCAUCUCAACCUGCGACCGCACCGGAAGCCAAGGAUUUCGACGAAGAAACAUUCAUGAAAAUGCUUGAAAACGACAUGGCAAGCAUGAUGAACCACGCUGCAAAGGAGUCCGGGACAUCGGACGACAAGGGCUUCGAGGACACCAUCAACCAGGGCGCGGACGCCUUCACGAAGCAACUAGAGGAGAGCGGGAUCCCGCCCGGUGACUUUAUCAAGCAGCUUUUGGCGGAUGUAAUGGCUGAAGAAGAGAGUGGAGGAGAUGCUACCGCCGGAGCUGCAGCAGCACCAUCGACCGGCAGUGCUGGGUCUUCAUCUGGUGGGGCUGGCGCUGGGGCGCCGCCUGAGUCGUUUAAUGAUGCUAUUCAGCAGACGAUUAAGCGUAUGCAGGAGUCCGGGGAUAAAGCUACGGCGGCAGCGUCGGAACCUAAUUCGGACGAUAUGCUGGCGAAGAUGAUUAAGGCAAUUGCGGCCGGCGCAGAUAUUGAAGAGGAGGAUGGGGGCUUUAUGAAUAUGGUUGCGGCAAUGAUGGAGCAGUUGUCGAACAAGGAAAUGCUGUAUGAGCCGAUGAAGGAGCUGAAUGGGAAGUUUGGGCCCUGGCUGGUGGAGAACAAGGGUAAGGGGAAGUUUUCCGAUGAGGAAAUGGAGCGGUUUGAGAAGCAGGCGACUCUUGCAUCGCAGAUUGUGGCCAAGUUUGAAGAGCCAGGUUACACGGAUGAAGAUCCCAAGUGUCGCGACUAUGUGUGGCAGAAGAUGCAGGAGAUGCAAGCUGCCGGAAGUCCGCCGGAAGAGCUCGUCGCGAACCCUUUCAGCGAUGACAACGGAGGUCCUACCGGUAUGCCGGACUGCCCCCAGCAAUAAAGACUUGAUCUGGAAACUUCGACCCUCCAGUGACAUUUUCCCCGUCUCGCUGCAAAGUGGUGCUUGCAGACCCCAUUUUUCAUGGCACACCGGAUGCAUCUGGUGUUGACAUCUUCUGUACAUAUAACAUUUCGAUACCCUAUUUACUAGCCGAAAUGUCACAAGGCUAUCUGUCGCGACAUGUAUAUCACAGACAAAUACAAAGCCCGUUGGCCUGAAACAAAUC